AUGACUACUUCUGGCAACUUGGCAACCGUUCCUACUGUGUGUACAGGUCUAUCAAUAUGUGAGGUCACCUUGAAGGUUGCACAAACCCGAAUCAGCCCAGCUAGCCACAAGAUCUCAGUAUCUACGAUUGACAAGCGUGGUAACGGGAAAAUAUCCAGUGUGACGAUCGUUCAAGGAUUUUGA